CAUUUAAAAGUUGUAUACACUUCUAAAGCCUUCAUUAUUUAUCCGGCUGCGCUGGAAGAAUCGGCAAGAUGCCAACCGCAGGCAAGGACAUUAUUGGCUUGUGGCUUAUCGUGUUGGCUGCAAUGAAUCUUUCUCAAGCCGCCUCAUCCGAUUGUGAGAAUCCUCCAUUAGACAUAUCUAUCGUGAUCGAUCAAACAAAGAGCGUAGGAGCGGACAACUAUGACGCCAUGUUGGACUCGGUCAUGGCACUCAUUUCGCAGUAUGAUAUCGGUGAAGAAAAGACACACUUCUCCAUCGUAACUUAUGCAAAAGGCGCAAAAGUUCGUGUCAGCUUUGACAACCUAAAACAUCAAAAUAAAGCGGCCCUUCGUGCACUGAUUGAAAAAAUGAAGAAGAAGGACAAGUUGGGGAACCCGACGAGGACUGACAACGCCUUGAAAGUGGUCGGCGAGGACGUUUUCAACGAAAAGAAUGGAGAUCGACCGGAAUCACCGAACGUCAUGAUCAUCUUCACUGAUGGAGGAACACAUAAGAGUUCUAAGCCUUACAGUACCGUGCUACCAACUCUUGAGGAAAAAGGAGUACAUCGCGUGGCUGUGGGAAUAGGUAAAAAAAUUAAGCAGGCAGAGCUUAUAACUAUUGCUGGAGACGAGAAUCGAGUGGUUAAUGCCAAAAAUUUUGAAGACUUAAACAACCAGUUGGACGAUAUUCGCAAGGCUACUUGUAACAUUGAUGGAGGAUAUACCGGGUGGUCUGAGUGGAGUGAAUGCACAGCAACUUGUGGUGGGGGAAGUCGUUCUCAUUCAAGAACCUGCACCAACCCGUCACCGAAAAACAAAGGAAAAACUUGUAUUGAACAGGAUUUGGGUCCUGAUAUGGAAUCCGAAGAAUGUAACACCCGAGACUGUCCCAUACCUGGUGGUUAUACUGAUUGGUCCAAAUGGGGAGAAUGUAGCGUGACAUGUGGUGGUGGAGUUCAGACACGAAAACGGACUUGUACCAAUCCGCCGCCGUCUGGCGGUGGGCCAACAUGUAUUCAGCAAAAUCUUGGACCAGCAGAGGAACAAAAGGAAUGCAACUCAAAAGAUUGCGUCCUUAAGAUCGAAGACAUAUCUUUUGAUCGAGACGAACGAGACAUAGAGACUGUCCCUAGUUUCUUAUCGCACUGUCGCCUACGGAAUUGUUACAAGUUCAAACAAUUACAAAUAAGCGGCGUUUUCACACAACAUGAGGCCGACUUUUUAAAGCAAUAUUUGAACAAUGUGAAACAAAGAAAUUCAACUAACGUGAAUUUAUCUCCAAGUGUUGCAAAUUAG